AUGAAGCCUCACACUAUUGGUGAAACUUUGAUUCGCCCAGCCUAUACAGCAAUUGUGAGAACAAUUUUUGGUGCUGAAGCAGAAGAAGAAAUAAAAAUGAUUCCUUCGUCAAAUGACACUAUGAGUAGACGUAUUAGUAAUCUAUCAAUUGAUAUUGAAAAAUCAGUUAUAAAUAAAAUAAUCAAAUCGAAAUUAUUUAGUUUGCAGUUGGAUGAGUCAACUGAUAUUGGUGGUAAAGCACAAUUACUUGCCUUCACUCGAUUUAUUAAAGAUGAUAAAAUUUUAGAAGAAUUUUUAUGCUGCAAGGAAUUCGAAAAAACUACGACGGGAAAAUAUGUUUUUGAUAUCAUAAACACAUUUUAA